UUAUUGCCAUAUUUGAUUGCUGUCGCUAAUCAAAAUCUGUUAGGCUAAGUGAUAGUAUUGCACUCUCCUUUUUUCAAAUAUUUAAUUUCUUCGCUUAUUAGCAAGGCCUAUUCCGUUUAUUAAUGAUGUACAGAACACACUUCAUACUUCACGUCGCUAAAUUUGCACCUAAAGAUCGAAAUAUUUUCCCAAAUCUCUCCAAAUAUUGCAGUCGAAAUUUAGCCCAAUCACCGAAGCCCGUUACGGAACCGAACGAGGGUGCUAACAAAAAAUCGGCGGCCAUCGUAAAAGCUUAUGGCGAAAAGCUCGUGAUCGAGGAGAUCAAACAUCCUGAUCCUGCCACUCACAAAUUAGGAAAAGAUGACGUGGUGAUUCAGCCGAAGACCAGUUCCUUAACCUUCGCCGAUCUAUUGAUGAUUCAAGGAAAAUAUCAAAUAAAGCCCGACGUUCCAUUCGUAGCAGGCCGGGAAGUUAGUGGCAAAAUACUUGAAACGGGAGGCGACGUUAAGGACUUUAAGAAGGGAGACAAAAUUUUCGCCUUCUUGCCCAAUGGUGGUGGCUUCGCGAAUACCAUGAUUUUACCGCAAAAAAAUUGUUUUGCCCUACCGCAAAAUAUGGAUUAUAAAGUAGCGAGUUCGUUGUACACCUCAUAUAUCACCGCGUACCUCGGCUUGGUUUACAAAGGAAACCUAACUUCACACGAUAAGGUUUUGGUCACUGGAGCCGGUGGAGCCGUGGGCAUGGCGGCUGUCGAUAUUUGCGCGAAUGCCUAUAAAACGAAAGUUAUAGGAGUAACGUCGAGCCCGGAGAAAAGUGAGGCUAUACGACAAAAGGGAGCCUUUGCGACCAUCGAAUUAUCGAAUUUGUACAAAACGUCAGUCAAUGCCGAAUCAGAGAAGAAGAAGGUAAAUGGAAAGAUCAUAGAAUCACCUAUUAAACAGAAAGUUCUAGCUUUGACAGACGGGAAAGGUGUCGAUUUAAUCUACGAGACAUUGGGAGGAAGCAUAUUCGAGGAUUGUGUCAAAUGUUUGUCAUUCGAUGGCCGAUUAUUGAUAAUCGGUUUCUCUUCCGGAACGAUUCCUUCAAUCCAAACCAAUCGUCUUUUGCUCAAAAACCACACACUUAUAGGGUUUACUAUGACAAAUUAUUACAAUCAAGAGCCUAACACCAUUUUUCAGGAAAGCUUCCAGGCCAUCUCAUCCUACUGGGAGAAAAGCUACAUCCAUCCAACCAUAGAUCCUCAGAGCUUCGAUUUGUCUAAAAUAAAUGACGCAAUCGAAUAUCUCAAGCAUAAGAAGUCUAUAGGAAAAGUCAUUAUAAAUCUUGAAUAGGCAAAUUGAAUUUUUAUUUAUGUAAUUAAUAUUAGAUGAAAAAUUAGCGUUUUAUAAUAAUCACUUC